AUGGCAUCUCGCGGUGGUGUUAUGGUGACAGGUACGAAUGGGGCUGAUUUUGAACAUCGGGAAAAAAUUGCGAUACAGUAUCAAUUAAGUGCACUGAACAAGUCGCGCCUCAAGUACUGUGUCUUUUUCCAUCAUGUGCUCUUCCUGGUAAUGCUGGCUAAGCUUUCUGCGGAUAUUCUCGACAAACUUGACAUAUUCAUACUGGAAAUUGAAGAGUUGCAAAUACCACAGCCCCUCUGGUGGGAAUACGUCUGGUGCCUCUCCCUCUUGCUCUCCUUCUUCGGUUUGGCUGCUAUAAAGCGUAAUAACAUCAAGCAAUUGCGAAGAUACAUGUAUGGGAUUGCUGCUUUAGGCUUUGGCCCUUUACUCUACUGCCUGGUUUAUUAUUGCGGUGAUGUCUGGCGAUACCUAUCCAGAGACGACGAGGAUGACAGUUCGGAAAUCGAAAUAGAAUUGUGGCAGGGUUAUCCAUACGGACUUCUGUGGUAUGCAUUCGUGCUUUUGGCGUCUCAAGUCCACUUCUUUCAACUGUACUUUGGUUUCAAUUUGCUCAAGGCCUGGCGCGCUAGGGGAGCGCUCAGGAAAUCAGAC